AUGGAGACUCUGAGGGUCCUGCAGCGGGAGAAGCUGUUCCAGUCAGGAAUCCACACCUACAGGAUCCCGGCGCUGCUCUACCUGCAGGGCCAGAGCACCCUGCUGGCCUUCGCAGAAAAGCGGAGGAGCCAGCAGGACGAGCAGGCAGACGUGAUCGUCCUGCGCAGGGGAGCCUACGAUGCAGCCAGCCACCGGGUCCAGGGACUUUUCCUUCUCCCCUCUCUGCCCACUCAGUGGCAGGCUCAGGUGGUGGUGGCUGAAGCCCGGCUGGAGGGCUACCGCUCCAUGAACCCGUGUCCUUUGUACGACGAGCAGACGGGGACCCUCUUCCUCUUCUUCAUCGCUGUGCUGGGGCAGGUGUCCGAGGGCCACCAGCUCCGGACCGGGGUCAACGUGACCCGUCUGUGCCAUGUCAUCAGCAAGGACUCUGGGGUGACCUGGGGCCCCGCCAAGGACCUCACCGACGAGGCCAUUGGCCCGGCCCACGGGGAAUGGGCCACGUUUGCUGUGGGCCCAGGGCACUGCCUGCAGCUGCACAACGGGACGCGGGGCCUGGUGGUGCCUGCCUACACCUACCGCAAGCAGCCGGCCCCGCUGCCGCCUUCUGCCUCGGCCUUCUGCUUCGUCAGCCAUGACCGAGGGCGCACGUGGGCGUGGAGCAGCUUCGUGGGCCAGGGCGCCGUGGAGUGCCAGGUGGCUGAGGUCGCAGUCAAGAAGGAUCGGGUGCUGUACCUCAACGCCAGGAGCCCCCAAGGGGCCAGGGUGCAGGCCCAGAGCACCGACGAUGGGCUGGAUUUCAGCGCCGUCAAGACGGUGAAGAAGCUCGUGGAACCCCCCCAUGGCUGCCAGGGGAGCGUGGUCAGCUUCCAGGGCCCCGGGCAGGACCCAGGGGCCUUGGGCACGUGGCUGCUGUACACCCACCCCACGGAUCCCCACCACAGGUCCAACCUGGGUGCCUACCUCAACUCACGGCCCCUGGAUCCCGAGGGCUGGUCUAGCCCGGCUCUGCUGGCCAAGGGCAGCUGUGGCUACUCGGACCUGCAGAGCAUGGGGCCUGGCCCCGACGGCUCCCCUCAGUUCGGCUGCCUGUAAGAGGCGAAAAGCUAUGGAGAGAUGGUCUUCCUCAUGUUCACCCUGAAGCAGGUCUUCCCCGCCUCGGUCUGGGCCCCGUGACGCUGCCUGCUGGCCAGCGGCUGCCCUUUCUGCUUUGCAGCGCUGACGGAGGGGAUGCACGCACCUCCUUUCCUGUCCCUUCCUCCGGAAGCCUCCUCCCGGGUCCCUCCAUGGGCCACCCCUUAGCUCCUCAUCUUUCUAAUCUUUCCAGAAGGUGCAAAUUUCAUCCCAGGUCCAAG